GCUCUGAUGGACACUGUGUGUUCCCUCCUGAGUUAGAGGAGUAAGCCAGUUUUGUCUGCAUUGGAGUUGGGAUGAGAGACAGCAACCACAAACUCUAAUCUCAUCUCAGAACUGCCAGAGGAGAUCUGUAGAAACCACUUGGACUGCUGCAAAGUCUGGCCACAGGGAUAGGCAAGAUGUUCCACUGGUUUUGAAACUGUCACGCCUGGAGCACAGCACUUUUGAUCCAUGGCAAAGUAUCCUAACUACAAGGGAGUCAGUAGUUUUCUGAAACUAACAGAGUUAGAAAAUUACAGACUUGCCCUCUGUGUUUAUAAACAAAUAAAAAGAGGUGGGAGAAAGCUGAGUGUCUGAAGCACAGCAUUCCCAUGGUUUGGAAUGGAUAUCGGUGGAACGUUGGUUAAACUGGUCUACUUUGAACCUAAGGACAUUACUGCAGAGGAGGAGCAGGAGGAGGUGGAAAACCUGAAAAGCAUUAGGAAAUACUUGACCUCCAAUACAGCCUAUGGUAAAACUGGCAUUCGUGAUGUCCACCUGGAACUGAAAAAUUUGACUAUGUGUGGACGCAAAGGAAACCUGCACUUCAUCCGCUUUCCCAGCUGUGCCAUGCACAGGUUCAUACAGAUGGGGAGUGAAAAGAACUUCUCCAGUUUGCACACUACGCUCUGUGCCACGGGAGGUGGUGCUUACAAGUUUGAGGAAGACUUUAGAACGAUGGCUGAUCUACAGCUCUAUAAACUGGAUGAAUUGGACUGUUUGAUCCAGGGCCUCCUUUAUGUUGAUUCUGUUGGUUUCAAUGGCCAACCAGAGUGCUAUUAUUUUGAAAAUCCUACAGAUCCUGAACAGUGCCAGAAAAAGCCUUACUGCCUUGAUAAUCCAUAUCCUAUGCUGCUGGUUAACAUAGGCUCAGGGGUCAGCAUCCUAGCUGUGUAUUCUAAGGACAAUUAUAAAAGAGUUACAGGAUCCAGCCUUGGAGGAGGAACGUUCCUGGGCCUGUGCUGUUUGCUCACUGGCUGCGAGACAUUUGAAGAAGCGCUGGAAAUGGCUGCGAAAGGAGACAGCACCAACGUGGAUAAACUGGUGAAGGAUAUCUAUGGAGGAGACUAUGAGCGCUUUGGCCUUCAGGGGUCUGCUGUAGCCUCAAGCUUUGGUCAUAUGAUGAGUAAAGAAAAGAGAGAUUCCAUCAGUAAAGAGGACUUGGCCAGAGCUACUUUGGUUACCAUCACCAACAACAUAGGUUCUAUUGCUCGCAUGUGUGCACUGAACGAGAAUAUCGACAAGGUGGUGUUUGUUGGCAACUUUCUCAGAAUUAAUAUGAUUUCUAUGAAGGUGCUAGCAUAUGCUAUGGAUUAUUGGUCCAAGGGACAGCUAAAAGCUCUGUUUUUGGAACAUGAGGGUUAUUUUGGAGCUGUUGGGGCUCUUCUAGAAAUGCUUAAAAUGACAGAUGAUCAGUGAUGAAGCUGUCUGAAGAGAUUCCUACUGCAGAUGCUGCUGGGUAAGAGUGAAAGCCACUACAAGGAUGGAAAUGAAGCCAUUAUGGUAGUUCUACCUGCUGGAUUUGUAAAUAAUUUAAAAUCCUUUUAGCUGAUCUUUAAUUUCUGGGUUUUGACCUUAUACUUCAGAAUUCAUACUGGGAAUUACGAGAUUUUUUUUCUGUACACUGUAUUUUUUAGGGGAAAAUGUGCAAAGUGGCCAAACAUACAGAUUUUAUGGAUUUAUUUUAAAAAAUGGAUACUGUUUAAUGUAGGACCUGUGAUAUGACGCAUCUGCUUUUCUUCUGGGGUUUACUGAUUAGUGUGGUAAUUUUAACUUCAUUUAGUAAUCACUCUAGGAGAUUUAUUUAUCUUAUUUUCAUGACGUUUCAUGAUUUUUUCUUGGUUUCAAAUGAAACUACAAAGCUGAUGCAUUUUACUGUGAAAACUAGUAAUUGAUUUUUUUUGCCUUUCCUUUCCUCAUUAGAUGAGAUACUUUAACAUCUCUCUGCCCACACCACCCCCCCUCCCCCCCAAAAAAAAAAAAAAUUUGCAAAUCAUUCUGUGGCUAAAUGCAUUUCUUCAAAGGACUGUGAGGAAGCUUCGUAAUAGCAGGAGGUUUAAGAUUGUAAUUUUUCAGUGGUCAUGAAUUGCAACAGGAAGAGACUGCCAGCUGGUUUUGCAGGGCUGAUUCUUCUUUAUAAUAAAAAAUUUUAAAGAAGAUGUGAACUAAAAUUUUAAUUAUUCAAUUGACACUAAAGUGAAAAUCUGCUACUGAUGAAUUCUCUGAUCAGCAUGAAGAGUUCUAUAGUAAAGAUGAUAUUCACACUUGCUAUUAGAUGGUAAAGGGAGAUUGUCUUCAAUUAUUUUUCUGUAGUCUGCAAGUUUUAACUUGUUCUUAAUUGAAAAUAACUGAUAACAGCAUUAUUAAAAGCCCAAUUACUAAAAUUAGAAAAAUAUUGACUAUAGUAUUUUCUAUAGUGUUAACUUCCUCUCCAGGACAUUAAAAUUUGGGUGUUUAUUUCAAUACAGUGUUUUCUACCUUUUUGGAUUUGUGGACCUCUCUAGAUUUGUUUUCCCAAGUUGAAUUGAGAUCCCUUUGAAAUCCAUGUAUUUGGGUUGCUGCAGAGCAUGUGUAAACUUGGUCUCCUUAGACACCUUGAGGGCUCACAAAUGAGAGGCUGAAAAACAAUUCAUAAAUUAUUUUGUCUUGCAGGACUGUAUGUGAUGUCACAUAAAGUAAAUGACUCAUCAGAGGGACAGUAUAGAAUUCAGUAUAUUUUUGGAAGGGGGUAUAUUUCACUUUUUUAAGUCAUUAACUUACAUAUCUCCCGAAUGUUGAAAGAUGGUAAUAUUAACUGAAGUGUGAACUUGUGUGAUGGAAAUAAAGACCACUACUGUUUUGACA